UCGGAAUGUCAUUGAAACAGCUCCAGUUAGUCGCUCUAUAUCAGUCGGCCGACCAACACUACGAGUUCCCAGUGCACCAAUGAUGCCUCAAACUAAAACAACAAUAACGACCCCCUCUUCUAUUCCAAAUAUAGAUCCUGCAGAGAAACAAAGAGAUAAGAGAUUUUUUCCAGAUAUGAGGCAUGUGAAAACUAGGGAGCAUGGUGAAUUGCGUGAGGCCUCUGCGCUUCAAGAUAAGCUAGAUAUGCUAGAAGAAGAGAACUACAGCCUCCUUGAAAAGCUUCAACUUGCUGAGGAGAGAUGGAAGGAAGCAGAGAUCAGGUCUCGGGAGCUUGAGAAACAGGUUACAAAUCUCGGUGAAGGAGUGUCUUUGGAAGCCAGGUUAUUAAGCAGAAAGGAGGCAGUGCUACGCCAAAGAGAGGAAGCUUUAAAGUCUACUAUGAGGUCAACGGAUGAUAAAAGUGAGGAACUCAUAUCUCUUCGUCAACAGUUGCAGUUUGCAAAAGAUGAGGUUACAACUGUUGCUGAUCAACUCAGAGGUGCUGAGUUGGAAGUAAAAGCUUUAAGAAGUAUGACCCAAAGAAUGAUAUUAACCCAAGAGGAAAUGGAGGAGGUGGUUCUCAAGAGGUGUUGGCUUGCUCGAUACUGGGCAUUAGCGGUUCAAUAUGGAAUAUAUCCAGAAGUUGCAACAGCUAAGAAUGAGUAUUGGUCCUCAUUAGCUCCCCUUCCACUUGAGGUUGUCACUUCUGCUGGGCAAAGAGCAAAGAAACAAUCUUUGAGCAAUGGCUACCUUGAACCUGAUUGGAGAAAUAAACAGGGUCAUGAUAUUAGUGAUACAAACGCAGAAGGAAACAUAGAAAACAUGCUUGCAGUAGAGAAAGGUCUAAGGGAACUCUCUUCACUAAAGGUUGAGGAUGCUAUUGUUCUUGUGUUGGCCCAAUACCGCCGUCCUAAUUUACUUCGACAAACAGCUUCAGACAUAAGAUCACCUGGUGAUCCAAAAUUCAUGGAAGAAUUUGAAUUAAGCGAAGAAGAAGCAGAAGAUGUCUUGUUUAAGCAGUCGUGGCUUACAUACUUCUGGAGAAGAUCAACAGACCAUGGCAUUGAGGAAGAUAUAGCUGAAGAGCGUCUGCAAUUUUGGAUAGACAGCAUUGGCCAGGCGCCUACACCACAAGAUGUUGUUGAUGUGGAACGAGGAUUAAUAGAACUGAGGAAGCUAGGCAUCGAACAGCAAUUGUGGGAAGCUUCUCGUUGGGAAACUAAUACGGAUCAAAAGCCUCGCUGAAAAUUCAUCAAAUACACAACCCCAGCACACCAGUGUCAGAUGAUUGGCUUUCAAAUCUCAUUUUUUCUUGUUGCUUCAGCUUUCCAAAGCACAACUAUCCUUUUCAAAGUUUUAGUACUUCAAACAUCAUCCAAAAUUCUACUCUUUUGAUUUAUUUACAUAGAAUGCAACAACCGAAUGCAUUAUUUUUUACAAACUUACCCACAGGACAUGAUUCCACUGUGCAUUGUUUUUACAGCAAGAACAAUGGUGCAGAUAAAAUUGUGCCUCAAUAUCAUAUUAAUUGUUACAAAGUUCAGAUUCAGUUACGGAAUGAAGCAUGUGGUUUAUCAA